AUGAGCAGUGGCAUCAAGCCGAAUCAAUCUGGUAAGCUGUCGCACGGCCCUGGCAGUCAGAACCUGCUGCUAGAAAAGGUCGGAGUCCGAACGUCCACCCCAGACUCGGACGCGCUGGCAAGCUCAGAGGACGAAGGCGAUCAUCGUCAGGACACCUCAUCCGUUGCUACACAACCCCAUAAACCAGUUCGCAGGUCUUCGUGGUUGAACGAUACCUCGCAACCUUUGGCUCGUCCCCGUCAAGGCUCAUUUGCCAGCAAUUCUGUCUCCUCUCCCAACGCCUCGCACCCUUCUACACCAUCGGCAGACAAUACCGUUGGACCCUGGGGCUCUCAUUCAGCCUCAUCCGCCAUGCCUCGACCUCCAGGUGCUUCGUCAUUCCCCUGGGGCACAGGUAUAUGGAACAGCGAUCGAAAGGACCCCCCGUCUCGGCUGACUGAGGUGUUACCGUCGCCUACGUCGAUCGUGCCUCCUGGCAGUGCUGGCAACUCGUUCUUCGGUCCCGAUUCCGGGCUGUCGCAGACCUCUCCAUCGCGAGAACAGCAGAAUAGCCAGAUUCCGUUCGCCAUACCGCUCCACCCAACCCCCAAAACGUACCGAUCACAAUCAUAUUCGGUGGGUCAGAGGGAUCUUGAUGCGCCGACUUCCUCGGGCAUGAGCUCCUCUGCAAUUCUUGGUCGCGCGAGACAUCACCCAGCUCUUCAGCAUCGCCCCUCUCGCCCUAGCAUGCUAAGCGAAAUGUCCAACGACGGAUCCGUCCUCGGCAAGGUCAAGGAGGUGGAAGACGAUGAGGAAGAGAGUGGUGGCGAGUCGCUUCAGAAUUCGUUUCAUCAGACCGCUGAAUCCAAGACUAUUGAAAUGCUCACCCGAGAAAAUGCGUUGCUGCGCCAGCAGCAUGGCUAUUCCCGCAUUCGGCCUCGAGCCUCGACCGGCGCGUCCUAUCUAGCUGCCGGACAUCCCCUCCAUGAAGUUGUCCUCGAAGAGUCCGACUACGCCAUCGACGAGCUCGAUGAAUCCCAUGACCCCAAGGACCCUAUGGGGCGCCGCGUGUCGCAGCGUCGUAUGAGCGAAUAUGGCCCUCCCACUUAUCGCACCCCUCAUGGCAUGGAAGCUCGCAAGCUGGAAAACCCCCAGCUCACAAAGGCACUAUGGUCCAGUUCGCCGGGUUAUCUGGUAGGCGAUGCCUCGCAGAGCCGGCGACACUCUUUUGCCAAUAUGCCCACUCGACAGGGGUCCAUAAGCUCUAUCGCGGACUCUGUUGCAACUCUCGAGGCGGCCCAGGCCGACCAACAGAGCGCGCAUUAUGCAGGCGGCUUUCAGGACCCUGCUGCUAUGUUGGGUUCCAACAAUCCCAUGCUAACACACGCCAAUAGCCUAAGCAAUUCGAUGCAGAGCAGCUUCACCAACCCAUUUGCAGGCCAGUUUGCUCCACAGAAUCAGUUUCAGAACCGCCCUCCAUCGCCCCGUCACAACAUGUACGGCAUAGCCCCGCCCCGUCUCAACCAGUUGCUACAUGUCGUUCUUUUCAAAUGCGCCAGGGCGGAUGUAUUCUAUAUUCAGGAAGGAACCGGUUUAACCGUGAAGCCUGGCGACCUCGUGAUUGUUGAAGCCGAUCGAGGGACUGAUUUAGGUACUGUCGCAAAAGACAAUGUGGACUGGCAAACUGCCAAGGAUCUCAAGGAGCACUACGCAGAGGAGCAAUACAAGUGGCUCAUGAUGUAUUCUCAAGGCGCUGCGGCCGCCCAAGAGGGUAACGGCGGGAUGCUGUCCGCUGCCCAUGGCUUGCCAGGUAGCGCCGUGGGAGGCAUGGGCCCAGCAGGCCAGCAUCACAUGCAAGAGCCUGCCAACGGCGAGAUUCGCCCGAAGCUUAUUAAGCGUCUUGCUCAGAACCAUGAGGUGCACGCCCUCAGGGACAAAGAGGGCCAAGAGGCCAAAGCAAAGAGAGUCUGUAUGCAGAAAGUCAAGGAGCACGGACUUAACAUGGAGAUUCUCGACGCCGAGUUCCAGAUGGACUGGAAGAAGCUUACGUUUUAUUACUUUGCCGACGCCUACAUCAAUUUCAACUCUCUGGUAACCGACUUGUUCAAGAUCUACAAGACACGAAUUUGGAUGUCGGCUAUUAACCCGGCUUCGUUUGCGAGCCCGACGUUGGGCAUCCAGGCACCCAGCGGAGUAGGACCCGGCGCAGUUAAUCAAGGCAGAGCUUCGACCGCCGGUGAUCGCAGAGGAAACACGCAUCAGCAUGACCAGCAACAGCUGCCACCUGUUCACCCCACGCAAGCCAUCUCCCCCGGUCCUCAGGGCCGUGGUCUGCGCGCCGGCCCUGGUGGUUACAAUCAGCCGCCCAUGGGAAUGGACCGUCAUGUGUCUCCCGUGUCUGCUACUGGCUUCCCCAACUCCAACUACGCAUUUGGCCCUACAGGCGCAUUUGGGAAUGCCAGGCCACCCCAAGGUCCUUAUCACGUCAGUCCCUCCCCUGGCAUGGAAGGAGUCCCCGCUGGAUUCCAGCAUCCCGGAGACUUUCAAACAUCGCAGCGGCGCUUCCAGCCUGGGCAGCCCGAAGGUGCCCCGCCUCAUCACUUGCAACGCGGUUCGCCCAUCUCCUCUCAGGGUGAUUGGGCCACCGCUUUCCAGGGACUUUCCCUCAACACUCAUUAA